CGGCAUCCAGCUUGCGGGGUCAGCAGUGACGCCCUGGCCAUCCGCCCAGGCUGCUCACGGACUGGUGAAGCUCAAAGCUAAGAGAGCCAAGGUCCCUCCAAGCCAGACCGGCCAGGAAGGAAGAUGUGUUCGCAGGGGGAUGAGGGCUAUCGUCUCCUGAAAGAAUAUGCCAGCGGCUUCAUGGUCUCCCAGGUCCUCUUUGCUGCCUGUGAGCUGGGGGUGUUUGAGCUCCUGGCCGCGGCCCCGGAGCCCCUGGGCUCGGCGGCAGUGUCUGCACGGCUGGGCGCCAGCCCCCGGGGGACAGAGCUGCUGCUGGACGCCUGUGUGUCCCUGAAGCUGCUGCAAGCGGACGUGAGCGGAGGGCAAGCUGUGUAUGCAAACACAGAGCUCGCCAGCACCUACCUGGUCAGAGGCAGCCCCAGGUCCCAGCGGGACAUGCUAAUGUACACGGGCAGGACCACUUACGUCUGCUGGGGCCACCUGGCCGAGGCGGUCAGGGAAGGGAGGAACCAGUAUCUGAAAGCCUUCGGAAUCCCGUCCGAGGAGCUCUUCUCUGCCAUCUACAG